AUGUCGAGCUCAAAACCGGUUCUGUACUCCUACUGGAGAAGUUCAUGUUCAUGGCGGGUCCGGAUUGCACUUAACUUGAAGAAAAUUGACUACGAUUACAAGGCCGUCAACCUACUCACAACAGAUUAUUUA